AUGAAGUUUAUGGAUAUUUUGUCGGCUAUAAUACCUGGAGUACACAAGGAUAUAAUAAGUGAAUUGCCACUAGAAAUAUCAAUAUACAUACUGGUACACAUAAACCUUGAGGACAUUCUCAACUGCCAAUUAGUUUGUAAAUCGUGGAAUGAUGUAGCCAGUGAUAAUCUCAUAUACCGCGACUUGUUCUACAGAUUUGGUUGGGAGCUUUCUGAUCAAGUGAAGGAUACACCGCCGCCUACACCUGCAUACACACCACCUACACUCUCUCGAUCGAGCUCAGUGGGUAGUUUAUCUAGGUCAAGUGGAUUAAGCAGAUCAAAUAGCGUUAACAGAAGUGCAUUUGCGAGUGGAAUAAACAAAAACACUCAAUUCACUCCACUAUCAAUAACUGAUUCACCAGCACACACAGUGCACACACCACACACACCACACACGCCAUCCACACCACUCACUCCACUCUCUUUCAAACCAACCUCACUCGACUGGUACGAGUUGUUCAAAUGCAGGAUGCAAUUAGAGCGCAGGUGGUUUGGUGGUGCUGAUCCCAAGAUUGAUUUCCUCCAAGGGCACACAGACAGCGUGUACACAGUAGCGUUCGACGACGAGAAGAUUCUGUCAGGUUCGCGCGACAGAUCGAUACGUAUCUGGGACAUGCAGACGCUGCGACUGCUUGCGACGUACUCUGAUGCGCACGACGGUUCAGUGAUAAGUCUCAAGUUCUGCAAAACGUUUGGAGUGUCCGCCGGCUCUGAUGGGGUGGUACAUGUAUGGAAGCUGGGCAGUGGACGUACGCUAGGGCGGGCGAAAGUAGCGCGUACACUCUCACACCACACGGCGGGAGUCCUCGAUGUAGACUUCAACAACCAUUUCAUCGCUUCGUGUAGUAAAGACUCAAGUAUUUGUGUCUACUCACGUAAGAGCCUCACUUUGCUCUACCAACUCGAUCACGCACACUCGUCGCCCGUCAACAGCCUCUCGAUCACCAAAUCUAACGUCCUCGCUAGUGCGGGGGGCGAUAAGGCUAUCAAUGUCUGGAAUCUCGAUGAGGGUAGGUUGGUGAGACGGAUUGAGAAUACGCAUAGUAGAGGUAUUGCUUGUAUAGAUGUUGACAAUGAGGUCAUUGCGUCGGGUUCUUCUGAUAAUACCAUACAGCUAUCGCUUACUGAUGGAACUCACCUGUGUAACCUCGUCGGUCACGCUGGGUUGGUGAGGUCGCUGCAGAUCGAUAGCGCACGUCGUAUCAUUGUUAGUGGCAGCUACGAUCGCUGCGUUAAGGUGUGGAAUCUUAAUAAGGUCGACGGCGAUAUUCAAUACACUAACACGGUCAAUCAUCACUCCUCUCUCAUAUUUGACCUCGCUUUUGAUAGUAGGAGAAUCGUCACAGCUUCACAUGACAAGCGGAUAAUGGUGGUGGAUUUCUCGGCGUGGAUGACAAAGUACGAAUUGACAAAGGAGGAGAAGGAAACACAUCGCAGGCAGCAGCAUUCAGAGCUCGAGAAGAGACGUAGGUUGAGAGUGAAUAUGCGUUUCGAGGAGCUGCGACAGCUCGUCAGCAACGAUACCAACAACGAUAAAUCUAAGCCGAGUGAUUUCAAGCUGACGGUGCUGGAUGAUACGAUAACCCACAUCAACAACCUCAAAGCGAGGAUAUCAAGUUUAGAGAAGCAGGUAAAAACAAGCUAA